AUGUUCGCACAGGAUAUGCAUCGAUCUGCGCUGAGCUCCCUCUUGACAGGCCUGUAUUAUUUUGCCUGUGUGUACAUUGGACUCUCUUUCCUCGGCGCGUCAAUCAUCAGCCUUCUCACUUUACAACCAUUGACGAAGAGGAAAACAUCGGCAACGACAAGGCGCAAGGCCGCCAUCUGCUUAAGUGCGUUCAUUACCGUCAACUACAUCGUGCAAAGUGCGCUGUUCAUCUCGGAUAACCUACGCGACGUUAGAGGGAAUCUGCACACCCAAAGGACUGUGGUUUACGAGCUGCUUCAAGCGCUGACAUGGACGACGUUGUCGUUGACGUUGUUCGACAGCACCGAGCCCCAGUGGAAGUCUUUCACAAGUUCAUGGACUGUAGCACUGGCGCUAGAAUGCCUCAUCAUUGUCCUGUCUUCGUGGAGUGUCCACGACGCCGAACAGCCCAGAGGCAUCAACCUCGCCCUGCAGUGUGCAAGGAUUAUCAAGCUCGUUCUCUUGUCAGCACUCGGCCUUUCCAUCAUCAUUGCCCACCACGAGAAAGCUGGAAAGGAUGAGACUCGGCCACUGAUUCCUGCAGAUCCUUCGACAGCCAUAGCAGGAACCCGUAUUGCUCGCUCCUACGAUGGUACAGGCGAGCUGGAAGGAGAACCGGGAGCUGCGGAUACUAGCAGCCUACACGGGAGCAGCUCUGAAGAUUCAGAAGACGCCGAGUUCUGGGGAGAAGAGCGAAGAAAGCGGAUCAAGGAACAAGGAGGAUGGAACAAGUACCUGAAAGAGUAUCUGAUCUUCUUGCCAUAUAUCUGGCCAACGCACGACCGGCGGUAUCAGCUCUACUUUGUCGUCUUGGGAGUCAAUAUCUUGGCCGAACGCGCACUGAACGUGCUGUACCCUAGGCAAUUUGGAAUCGUCAUGGACAAGCUCUACGAGUCAUACAGCACUGGCCAAAUUCCGUGGAAGGAGAUCGUGGUCUGGAGCAUUCUCCGGUUGUUGACGUCCGGAUCGUCAGGUCUCUCGGUGCUUAGCCAGAUGCUCGAGGCGAGACUUGUGAAUUGGUCACAUCAGAAACUGAAUGUGGCUGCGUUCGAUCACGUCAUGGGCCUAUCAAUGAGUUUCCACGACGGCAAGGAUUCCGGGGAGGUCAUUCGGGCAGUUGAACAGGCCGGAUCAUUAAGUUCGUUGCUCCGAACAGUGGUUUUGGAUACGUCGCCGGUUUUGUUGGAUCUUUCCAUUGCUUGUUGGUAUCUCACCUAUCUUCUGGAUGCUUACGCGGUGGUCAUCGUGGUGUUUGUCGGGCUGUCAUUUAUCUUUGUGACAUACUAUAUCACAGUGGUGCUGAAGAGAUCGAGAAGAAUAGCUGCCGCCAACGGCCGAGCGGAAAGUCGGAUCCUAUACGAGAUGGUCAGUAACUGGGCGACUGUGUCAUAUUUCAAUAGGAGGAAGCACGAACAAACACAACUGGCGCAGACAAUCAGGGACGCGACCAUGGCCAACCAGUGGAACGACGAUGUAGGUUUGGUGUUGUUCGCUGCCCAAGAGUUCUGUCAGGUCUUCGGCCGAUUUCUGAUCACAGUGCUGGCUGCAUAUCGCAUUGCUUAUGGGGUUAUCCCAGUGGGGAAUUUCGUGGCGCUGGAAUCAUAUUGGGAUACGAUCACGUGGCCUCUUUGGAUGCUCGGCCACAGCUACCGUCAGCUGGCGUCGGAUCUGAUUGAUGCGGAGAGGCUGUUGGAGCUGUUCAAGAAGGAGUCCGAGAUUCAAGAUGGGCCGUUGACGCUGUCGGCUAAACCUGGAGCUGGCAAGAUUGAGUUUUCCAACGUGUGCUUCGGUUACCACAAAGACCGGGACGUGCUCAAGGACUUUUCCUUCACUGCCAAUCCUGGCCAGACGGUUGCUCUAGUGGGAGAGACGGGAUCGGGGAAGUCAACGACACUGAAGAUGUUGAUGCGAUUCUAUGAUGUGACGUCUGGAAGUAUCUCGAUCGACGGGCACGAUAUUCGCGAGUUUUCAGUGCACUCACUACGAGAGAUGUUUGGAUUCGUUCCUCAAAACGCAGCACUGUUCAAUACGUCGAUUCUGGAGAACGUCAGAUAUGGACGGCUGGAGGCCAGCGACGAGGAAGUUCAUCAAGCGUGUAAAGCGGCGGCAAUUCACGACAGGAUUAAUUCGUUUCCCGAGGGAUAUAACACCAAAGUAGGUGAGAGGGGCGUGAGAGUGUCCGGAGGGGAGUUACAGAGAAUUGCGAUCGCUAGGGUGAUUCUCAAAGACCCUCGGAUUGUGCUCCUGGAUGAGGCGACGUCGGCUCUGGACACACAUACCGAGAGCAAGAUCCAAGAGGCUCUGAGGAAUCUGACCGCAGGACGAACGACCAUAGUGAUUGCGCAUCGAUUGUCGACGGUGACGAGUGCAGAUCAGAUCCUAGUGGUCGAUAAGGGCAAGAUUGUGGAGAGGGGAUCGCACGACGAGUUGCUACAGAUGAGAGGAGAAUAUGUGGGUUUGUGGGAGAAACAGACCAUGGUCAGAACCCGGCAGGUGACGGUGUCAGAGACCGAGGCCGAGACCGCAAGAGAAUCAAGCUUGGGAUCGGGCGACACUGAUAUCUCGACUUGA